GUGCCGUGGCGUCCCUGGCGUUUGUGCUGGUAGCCAGAUACCUUUACCCUCCCCCACAGCCUACGGAGGUAGCUGUGCUUCUGGCGAAGGUCUAACAAAGGCCGUUAGCUACCAUCGCGGACUCAGUACUCUCUAAUUUCCUUAACGUGGAGUGCAGGGUUGAAGAGGCCUCAGAAGAAGGGCAACGCAAGCCAGAUGGGUGCACAUCAUUGCCGGUGGACACUCGGCUCCUCCUCGUCAAAAGAUAAAACAUUCUGCCUUACCACAAAGUGCCUUUCUCCCCCUUUUUCAGUCAGUUGACUCAUUACUUUGGUGUAGCUGAUACAACAAAUGGCAGGCCCCUUCUGGAGAAGGAUGUUCCCUCUCUGGGGAACUCAGGACUCAGUCACCCUGUUCAUUUUUAUUGAAGUUUGCCUGCUGUUGGAACCUGCUGUUCAGAGACACAUAAUGCCUUUCUCUAAUGACCUUUGACUGAGUGGGGAACACAGAGUAAGUUCUACCAACAGAAUAUUCACAUGUCACACAAACCCCAACUAAUAAACAGGAACACCCAGGAUCCUUGGUGAAGAUGGAGCCUGAAAAACACAAACAUGUGUCACCUGAACCUCCUAACAGUACAACUUCACCAGAGUACCAGCCAAAACAUCCAAUCAGGAUGGUGAAGGUGAAGUCCAGAGAAUGCAGAUAUGGCAUGUAUUCAUCCAAAAUCUGGAGAAAAUUCCACUGGAAAUGCUCUAUUGUUCCUAAAGACUCUCAAGGACUUCAGGCCCAAGCUGGUACUUCUACAGAAAGAUCAAAAAGUGAAAUAGAAGUAUCCUAUGCACCUUCUAAGAGUACAGCUUCAACAGUGGACCAGCAAAACCCACCAGUGAGGGCCGUGGAGGUGAUCUCUAAGAAAUGCAGAUGUGUUUCUACUCUGUUAAAGAUAAUUUCUCGAAAGCGACCUGUGAUCCCCCUUGGUGUGGCCAUACCUCAAGUCACCGCUGGUCCCAGAGAAACAGCACAAAUUAAAACCGAAGUGGUACAUAAAAAUGCUGACACUGCACUUUCACCAAUGGUGAAGGUGGGGUGUAGAAAACUCAGAUGCAUUCCUGAAGUCUUAAGAGAAUUUUAUGAUAAACAAGCUACUGCUAAUCAGGAUGCGAACGCUCAUUCUGCAGAAAUGGCGCAAAUGAAAAUGGAAGAGUUACCUGACCGUGCUGACACCACUGUUACACCAGAUGGCCCAGGAACCAUGGUGAAAGUCAAGUGUAAAAAGUUCAGCUGGAUUUCUUCGCUAUUCAAAAGAUUUUGGAAGAAGACACCUGUCACUUCUCGGAAUGUGCAGGAACCUCCAGUUGUAGAGAAUACUUUUGUAAGAACUCCAGAAGCACAAAGAAAAGGCUUGAGCAAUGUCCCGGAUAUUAAACAGAUUUUUUUUAGAGAGGAAGAAUUUGACCAUUAUAAUGAGGGAGCCUGGGAAGACUAUCAAAGUUACUUUCCAGAUGGCAUACCUCUUCCAGAAUCCAGACAUACCAUGGUUUCCACCAUGGUAGAAAGCUACGUAGCCCAAGUGGGAGAUACCGAUAUAGAAGAUCAGCAGAACCUUGAUAGUAAAGAAAGUUUCCCUGAUGCUUUUGAAGUACAGCAGUGGGAGCUCAGAAAGGAAUCUAGCACUGAAAAUCCUGUGCUCAAUGUGCUAUUCCUAGCCCCACCUAAAUCUUCAGAUGAAGAUGUUGUCAUCAUAAAAAAGAAGAGGAAGCAAAGGAGGAGGCGCUACUACUGAUAAAAACUUCUCCAAAUUGCCCUAGUGAGUACUGCAUAUCCAGAGACUCCAUGAAAUUAAAAACAUUGAGGACAUGGGAAACAGAAAUGGAGACAGAGACAGACAGUCUGGGCCUCCAGUUCACUUGAUAACAGACCUUAACCUCGAUAAAGAAUCGCUAUGUGGGAGACUUACUGCUCCCUGGAUCAGUUUCGUCACCCUGUUGUGUUUGGCUUCUGCUGUUCUGAUCUGUCAAAUACCAACUCUGCAAGAAGUUAUUGCUCCAUUGUUUCUGUGUUCUGAACAUUCUGACUUUCCUGCAUGUUGCAGUUAGGGACUUUCUGUCUGACCAUUAGACCUUGGUUAGGUUGCCUAGUAAGCUGCUUAGUUAUCCAUAUACACAAGAAAAACUUGUUGCCUAGUAAGUUGUUUAGUUACCCAUAUACACAAGAACUGCCUUUUUAAAACUAGAAUUAAUAAAUUUUUGCUUUAGAGGCAUUAGGAUUUUGUAAUUGCCAAUGUUACUGGGAUAGGAGAAAAUAAUACUAAAAGAUAAGUUAGACAAAAUAGACAAAAGUAGUCUAAAUAUUUGCAAAGGCAAAUAUGAGUUUUUAAAUUUUGUGUUGAGAAGGCUCAAAUUAAUGCAGCCAGCAUUAAUUUUUUUUCUUAUGUUAACAGGCAAGUGGAGCUCAUGAUGACCCUAAUCAGCAGGCUAAUCCCCCAGUUGAAAUGCAUGAAUAACUGUGAGAAAAAUAAGCAUGGAAGCAUGGGGGUGUCUUUGCCCCAGAGGAGAAAAUUUUGGUUCUUAUAUUAAAGUUAUCCAAAAAUCUAAUAAGACUUAUAUUGAAUUCCUAGCUAGAAUAAAACAAACAAUAGAAAAAAAUUGUAAUUGGAGAAGAAACCUUAAAAUGCCAGGCAUAUAAAAAUACUAAUGAGGGUUGUAAUGAGUUAUGCUAUCGGUUUAGGAAAUAUUAAUAGUUAUAGGAAGUUAUGAAAAGAUAUUUUAUUUAAAAGUAGAAAACUGUAAUUGGCUGCUGAAACUAUGGCCACCACUUGUUAUAAUUUGCAAAAGGGAAAUAAAAAUUUAAAAGAUUUAAAAUGCUUUGAAUAUGAACAAAUCAGUUUCUUAUCAAAGAAGCUCAGACAAAAUUAAAAAUAGUUAAAGAGAAUAUUCAAAAAUUAUUUUUAAAUAGAAUAUAACCUAUGAUCACAUACAAAUUUGUCUGGAGAUCUGACAUUUGAAAAUUUGGAAAUGCUGGAGGGGAAUAUUGGUAGCUUUUUCCUUUGUUCAAGAGGAACAUGGACAUUUACAUACUAAUGCUAAUCACCUUCAUGUUCAAUAUAAAAUUCCAUUUUGGCAAAGGAAUCAUACUUUAAAGCCCAACAGCAAAUUAAAAAAUUUUAAAAAGGAAGAUUUUGGUAUGGAAUUAAUGUGAGAUUUUUGGAAGAAGUAGGGCAACUUUACCUUAAUUCAUAUCAAGUUUCUUAAAUUUGCCCCAAGGGGAUAUCAUAACCAGAGUAGAGAAAUAUUUUUGCUUAUACUCCAAAUGUUGAACUUCCAGAAAAAUUGCCAUAGAUGCUGAAUGACAGCCUGCAUUACUAGUCGUGGAAGGGAAAGGGUCUUGUGUCUCUGCAGGGUGAAUGACGCUUAUGGCUCCCAAAGAAGAUAUUCCAAUAUUGGCCAUGGUACAAUUAUAUUCAUGGAAGCGACCUCGACAACAUCGAUCUUCACCACCGCCGCCAGCUUGGGGUCAGAAUAAAUCGAGCCAAGAAUGAAACGAUAACUGGAAGCCGUCUUCUGGCAUGGGGAGAUGGAGAAAUCAGUGAUAAUCGCAUUGCCUUACUCACAGCCCCUACUGCAAUUCAGAUGCAUAUUUGGAAGAUUGUAGCUGCCUUAAAACCUGUUCAUCUUUUUAAUGGCUCAUUUAUUAGAAUAGCAGUAUCUGCUUCUACUUAGAUUUACCUUGUCUAAAAGUAUUAAUGUUACUGCUUAUGUGCCACUACCAUAUGUAUUUUUAGUUGGAAGAAUUAAUUUUACAAUUGGAAUUAAUUGUUAUGAUUGUCAAUUGUAUUAAUUUAUUAAUUCCUCUGUUAAAUUUAAUCCUCAUAUGCAAUCACUUAUGAUAUUACAGCAGUGUACACAUAUUUGGCUGCCUAUAAACUUGGGUCAUUCUUGGGCUCAAAAUCCUCUAGAUCAUAUUGUUGUAGAAUUCUUCAGUAAGGUAUCGAAAAGAGCAAAGCACAUGUUAGUUAUAGUAAUGGCUGUAAUUCUUAACUUUAUUGCUGUUGUUGCCACUGCUUCUGUGGCUGGUAUUGCUUUACAUACAUCCUUGCAGACAAAACAUUUUGUAGAGCAAUGGCAUAAAGAUUCUCAUGAACUCUGGAUACAGCAAGCUCAAAUAGAUGCUCGACUUCAGACAGAGAUUGAUGUACUUAAGCAAACUGUGGGAUGGUUGGGAAAUAAAUAUCUUUACAAGAACAGA